GAUUUUGAGGCCGUUGGUCCGAUUGCCAGCCACACUCGAAGCGGACGACGAUGAGGCCAACGACGCCGCUCGCAGCCAUCGGGCUCGCCGCCCUCCUUAGCACCGGCGCCAUGGGCGCAGACACGACGUACCCGGCCAAGAGCGGCCUCGGGACGUGGGUCGACGCCGACACGCCCAAGAGCGCCUACACGGUCAAGACGUCGCGCGGUGAAUCUUGGGACCUCGUCAUGAGCGACGAGUUCAACCACCCAGGACGCGACUUUUCCGCCGGCAAGGAUCAUCUCUGGACGGCCAUGGAACUCGCCGACGGCGUGAACGCAGCGCUCGAGUACUACUCGGUCAACAUGACGAGCACGCAGCUCGACGCGACCGGCGGCUACAUGCAGAUCAAGACGAUGCACGACGACAUCAAGUUUACAGUGUACAACAUGUACAAGAACCCGCCGGGGUUCCAGCAGAGUCAAAUGUGGUACCGCAGUGGCAUGAUCCAGUCCUGGAACAAGUUUUGCAUGCAAGGCGGAUUCAUCGAAGUCAGCGUCCAGCAGCCGGGCGUCGUCACGGCCGCCUCUGGCAACCCCGACUUGAGGGACCCCAACGGCCGCGUCACGGGCGGCAUCUACUACCCGACGUGGCCCGGCGUGUGGCUUUUGGGCAACUUGGGCCGCGCGCUCUUCACGGCGUCGACGACGCGCAUGUGGCCGUGGUCCUACAACGUCUGCGAUGAGGACUCGAAGAAGAACCAAGCGAUCUCGGCCUGCGACUCGAACCCGGGCUUUGGCCUCAACCCGAACCAAGGCCGCGGCGCGCCGGAAAUUGAUAUCCUCGAAGGCGGCGGCAAUGAAAUCUCGUCGUCGAUCCAGAUCUCGCCGGGCAUGCCAUCCAAGUUUCGCGUCGUGGCGCCCGCUGGCGAAAACGGCGCAUGCAUCUACACGCAGACGUGCAAGACAGUGGGCGCCAACCUCCCGGACGUGCCGUCCUCGGUGGCCACGACCCGCGGGUACCGCACGUGGUACCAAGGGCUCAAGUACGCGCCAUCUCGCCUCUGUACGCCGCUCGCGGCCAAGAAGCAGGUGGCCGCCACCAUUAACGCGUCGCUCACGGCCGGGAUCACGGAAAACACGUGCACGGUCGACACGUGCCCCGCAUCCAACGACGUCAACGGGUACCUCGGUCUCAUCGACAACAAGGGGUCCCACUACUGGGGCAUCAACGACGACGGCACGUGCAUGCCCGUCAUCAACGGCUACAAUGGUGCAUAUCUGUGCGACCCGUACAACACGGACCCGCGCUGCGGGCAGCCGCUCUGGGGCGGCAACUCGAACGGCAACGCGAUUCCUUCGUUCAACUACCAGCUCGACGCGAUUUCGGCCAACUGGCCGAUCCAGCUGACGGCGUACACGUCCUUUCUCAAGUACCAGCUCGAGUGGGUCAUGGGGGAUACCGGCUACGUUCGCUGGAUGGUGGAAGGCAACCCGAUCUUUGAGAUUUCGUCGACGUCGCUCGUGGACCCGCCGCAGGACCCGGCCAACACGGACAAGUCGAAGAUCAACCCGAAAAAGAUGAUGAUUGAAGAGCCAAUGUACAUGAUUUUCAACACGGCGCUCUCGACGAGCUGGGGCACGACGCCGCCCAACCCUGGCCAGCCCUGCCGCGGGUCGGGCAAGGACGCCAAGGUCAACAAGAUCUGCGACGCGUUCCCACUGUACCUCAAGGUCGACUACAUUCGCGUGUGGCAAAGCGCAACGGGCAUGUCGGUGGGUUGCGACCCGCGAUCGCACCCGACGGCCGAGUACAUUGCCCAGAACCAGGCCAACUACGAGGACAUCAACAACCCUGUCAUCGUGGUCGACGGCGGCGCGACCUGCACGUCCAACGACGACUGCACGCUGCCGCUCAGCGCCACCGGUGGCGUCCAAGUCAUCUCGGGCUCGUGCGACAAGACCAAGCUCGAUGGCCGCUGUGUCUGCCUCUCGCCCACGGUCUGGGGGGGGCCGCGGUGCACGACCGUGCGCAGCACUACCAGCGGCAACAGCCUGAGCUCGUCGUUUGGCCCGACGCUCUGGGUCGUCUUGGUGAUUGCGGCGAUUGCGAUCCUCGCAACGAUCGGUGUCAUUUACGCCCGUGGCCGCGGCCGCCGCCUCCAGCUGCAGUUCCGCGGCGUCGAGCAAGCCGAGCUGGUCACGGUCAUGCCGCCGGCCAUGCGCAACACGAUGAACGGCACGAUGAACGAAGGCGGGCAGCCGCGUAGCGACUCGCUGCGCAACCGCCGCGUGGUCUAA